ACAGGAAUAUAGGUUUCCGAAUUUACCCAUAUGAAUAGCCAAAGGUAAAGCUAUCCAACAUACAAACAAACAGUCUCCGGUGGUCUCUUUGUUUUUCACAACCAUGACUAUUACCAUCACGGACUAUCAACUGACCUGCGACUCACACAAUCUCUACGACGUCAACUUCUACGGCAACCAGAUCCACACUCUUCUCACCCACUCUGCUUAUCAUGUCGAUCAAUGGCUCACCGAAACUCAACAACUAAUUAACCAUAACCACUCUCUCCACCCUACCGUCGUCGGCCUGGACGUGGAGUGGCGCCCUAAUUUCGGCCGCAACUUCGAUAAUCCAAUCGCCACUCUACAACUUUGCAUUGGCCGCAGAUGCCUUAUCUAUCAGAUACUGCAUUCCCCGAGUGUCCCUCAAUCUCUUGUGGACUUCCUUCAAGGCGGGAAUUUUGUUUUUGUUGGGGUUGGUAUUAGGAGUGAUACUGAAAAACUGCUUGAGGAUUAUGGAUUGAAUGUGGGAAAUCAAGUCGACUUGAGGGGUUUGGCGGCGCAGAGGUUAGGGUUGACGGAGCUGAGGGGUGCCAGUUUGAAAGUAUUGGCUAGGCGAGUCCUUGGACUGGAGAUUGAGAAGCCCAGAAGGGUCAAAUUGAGUAGGUGGGACCAUAUGUGGCUUACUCCUGUGCAGGUUCAAUAUGCUUGCAUCGAUGCCUUUGUGUCCUCCGAAAUUGGCGUGAUGUUGAAUGCUUCUUGAAUUCUGAGGCUUUAAAGGACAGUGUUUUAGGAUUAUUAUGUCUCUCGUUUUAAAAAAAGUUUUAAUUUUGUGGUGAUCCUACCUAACUUAGGUAUUUUAAGAAUGUGUUUCUUUUCAAGUUAUGCAAUUUUCGUUAUUAUGUUAUCUUAGGAACUUGGUUCUUAUGGAAUUGAUGUUUAGCUUAUUUGCAAUGCAAUAUACUUUGUUGGGAUGAUAA